GUCUGCCAGUUGUAUUUGUAACUACUCUUAUAUACAAGAUAGGUUGACCAGCCCUCCUGCCAGGGCCCUAUCCCAGGCUGCCCUCCCUACAACAACCUGUAUACCCCUGAUUUGCUCCUUAAGCCUACAUCACAAGUUGUCGCUUAUAUACAAUAGUAGACCGACACGCGCAUCCGUCCUUUCGGGCUGUAUAGACAGUGUCACCAGCGAGGUGUUAAUCCUCCUCCCUAUGUAAUAGCCUGCAAAAUGGGAGGGCUGCAGAAGGAUGCGCCGCAUACUUCCUAUGCCACUGUGUAGAGGUGCUGUACAAGCCGGAGCUUGUUCAGCCGUGCACAAGAGAAUGGGAAGAAUGCACGCAUACUCUCCAUUACAUCCUCAGCGCGUAGAGGUGCUGUACAGGCCGAAGCUUGUACAACCGUGCCCGAGAGGAACAAAAUGGGAAGUAUGUGCGCAUACCCUGCACACCCUCCACAGACUGCCGUCCAUCACGAGUCCACCAGGCGUCCGUAGAGGCCCGGAGCUGACUGUCGCUGCCAUUAUACACCACGCCUCACGACUAUAUACCCCCUGGAAAAGGCAGUGGUCCCUUUGCGUUGCCUGUGACGUUCUCACGACGACAGGCCGACCGUGUCUUGCAGAUGGAGGUCGUCACCUCUUAAUAACUCGACGCCGCGCAGCUAUUGUCCCUUCCAUCUACUAACCAAACCGCCACUGUCCUUGCUCUUACGCCUAUCGGCUCCUAGGUCCUGGGUCCAGAAGUCGUUUGUUCGUCCAGAGGCGUAAGCGCGACCGUGUCGGUACAGAGGUGUCCUGUCAUUCUAAUAGAUUGGUCCUAUCGCUCCUACUAGCAAAUACAGGCGCUAGCAUGGCCCUGGGUUGGAAUGGCCUGCCCAGGUAAUCGAAUGUCGGAUGGUUUUUACCCUGUGUCCUCUGUUUAUCUUGUUGUUUGGUUGUUCGAGAGCUCUGCCAAGGCUCUCGUGAAAACUCUGCCUCUCGAGCGGCGUUAAGAACGACGUCUUCAAAAGCGUCCUCUAGCCACGCCAACGCGCU